CAUCAUUUCCUGUCCAAGUGUUGUGCAAGCAGUGCUGUGUCCCACUUCAGUAAUGGGGGAAGUGAGUCCCGUAUAACUUGUCAAGUAUUUGGAGAUUUAGAGAAAUAUAAAUGGGUGGCCUGCAAGCUGCAGUCCAUUGAUGUACGGUAAGAUCACAGGAAACUGUCACAAGAUUUAGGGCCCGAGUUAGAUCUUAGUUAUGCUUGCUGUAAAUCUGGAGUAACGCCGUUGAAUUUACACUUGGGCCUGGCUCUCAGUAACUCUGAUGAAGUCAGUGGAAUCCCACCAGUAUCAGAUUGGCGUGAGAAGAGAAUUGUGCCCAGAACCUAGCAUGUAAUGUACACCAUGGCUGAGGUCGCUGGCGGUCUCAGCCCUUUGGCUUUUAUGUGAGGCUUUAAAUUCUCGUUGCCGUAGGAAAAGGAAGAAAAGCCCUUUUACGUUCCGGGACAUUCUGUAAUUUCCUCCCGAGAUGGUGAAAUUCCAUCUUGGGCAGGGCAAAACUUCCUUCUCCUUUCCGUGUACUUCUAGCUAGGAACUUUCCAUGCAUGUUGGGCUCCUACUGUCUAGUCACCAAAGAUCCAGGACGCUCAGCAGAAAGAUGAGCCUGAGGAUUCUCUUUCUCUUAGCUGGCUCGUUGGCAGGUCCCAGCCUAACUCCCGCCCCACUUUUUUACUUGGACGUGUCUUCCGACCCCCCUGCCCGAGGAGACUCCGCCCGGCUCGUCUGCAUCGCGCCGAGAGCCUACGUGGAGAGCGAGUUCUGGUUGCUGAAGAUGGACCUGGCUCAGCCUGUACAGACGCUGUUUGCCUCGGAGGCCCAGCACCAAGUCACCUUCAUCCUGGGGAACGUCACCGGGAAGGACGCCGGGCAGUACCGGUGCCGGUACCGCCGCUACAACGAGAGUGCCUGGCAGAUGUCAAAGUUCAGCAAUGUGGUGGAGAUUGCGAUGGCAGCAACUCCGACUGCCCCUCCCCCAGCUUCCACGGCUGCUCCAGAAGGUUCCCCGUGGCUGCUCCCUGUGACCCUCAGCGUGGCUGGAGCUUUGCUUCUGACCGUGGGCCUAGUGGUAGCAGUUGUGGCAGUCAGGCGAGUUAACGCCAGAAGACAACAGCUGAAAAGGGAUCGGGAAUCGUGCUGGACAGAAAGGAACUUUCCCACAACAGACAUGUCGUUCGAUAACGGGCUGUUCACCGUCUCAGUGAAAAUGGACCUGGAAGCCACAGGCAGCCAAGAUGCCUGCAUCUCCCCAGGCUCCAGGAAAAGCCUCCGCUCCGCUUCCUCUCUAGGAACCAACAGCUUCAGCACAUUCAAGUCCUUGCAAUGAGGGCCCGGGUGGAGGCCGGCCCCGGAUGCUCCAGCUAGCGACCCCCUGGUCCCAGCCCCGGCCCUUUCCUUAGUCCUUCCUUGGGCUCGGAGUCUCCCCCAGAACGAGGCAUCUGCCAGAGGGGCCAUUACCGGGGUGCGAGAGGAGAAUGAGCUUCAGUUAAGCCUCGUGCCUUGCUGUGCGCCUCCAGGAUCACGUGACAUGGACACCAUGAAAAGACGCCCAGAAUCUAGUCUACCUCCCGCACCGUGAGCAGCGUCACUGGCUCAGCCCUGGCAGCUGACUCGAUCCCUGGGGCAGACGCUGGAAGCAGGAAGAGCCCAGCUGGGGUUGCAUAUCUUUGGGGCAGGAUUCGUGUGGCUGGCAGUGGAUUCUUCCACCGUAGCCAGAACGACAUUCACACCAGCCAGCCAACCCUUUCCACCCCUCCACAAUCCCCUUCCUCCAAGCAGGGCUUCCCCAGGAUGACCUGAGAUGGGGGGAGAGCCAAAGACUCCAUAAAGUCCACUGCCGUGAAGGCUGUCGUCAGACUAUCGUAUACGGAAGGUGCUCCUGGAUUGCAGUGAUGAGCAGCAGCUGUAAACCUGAGAUGGACAGAGGAUGCACAUAGGGAUGGAUAGAUAG